AUGAGAUCUCCUCCCCUAACCCCUGACGACGAUCGCGUCACCCACCACUCGGUGCCCAUUGGCAUUCACGUCUACCACUACAUCCAAUCCCUCCCAGCGUCCCCAGACAAGCCACGGGGCACCAUACUACUCCUCCAUGGCUGGCCCGACACCGCUAUGUCAUGGCGGCACCAGGUCCCUUUUCUGACGUCACCGCCGCUCAACCUGCGCGUCGUAGCCCCGGACAUGUUGGGUUAUGGCAAAACCUCCUCACCCGCGGACCCGGCAGAGUACAGCUUGAAGAAGAUGUCGAUGCAUAUGCAAGCCUUGGUCAAACAUGUGGUCGACCAAGAUAAUGAACCGGGAGACAAACCUGCUCCGCUGUUCCUGGUCGGCCACGACUGGGGUGCCGCUCUGGCAUGGCGCAUGGCUGCACUGUGGACUCCCGGGCUCUUCAGGGGCGUCGCGUGCCUCAACGUGCCCUACCUGCCUCCUGACGCCGGCGAAUUUGUAGACAUGCAGGCCUACGUGGACGAAAUCCCGUCUCUACGCUACCAAGUGCAGCUGAGUGGCGACGAGGCCGUGUCCAUCAUUGACGACGCCUCGGACAACCACGCCAACCUGCGCGGGUUUUUAAAUGGAAUUUACGACGGUCGCGGCCCAAACGGCGAGGAGUCGUUCACGGUAGACGAAGGGGUGCGGCAGCCCGAGGUGCUGCGCGUCGUAGGGCCAGCCAAGCUGAUGGGGGAGGAUUGGGUUGAUUACUACGUCAAGCAAUUUGCUGCACGGUCCUUCCGAGGUCCGACCAACUGGUACAGGACUAGGAAGAUCAACUACGAGGAAGAGACGGGGAUGCACGACGUGGUGAUUAACACGCCUGCCAUGGUGGUCAUGGGGGAACAGGAUGAAGCGUUACCACCGGCCCUGGCGGAUGGGAUGGAGAAAUGGUUUGCUGAGGGGCUUUUGAGGAAGGAGGUUGUGCCUGGGGGACAUUGGGCUCACUGGGAGGAGGUAGACAGGGUGAAUACGUUGCUGGGGGAGUUUUUGCGGGGAGUUUUGGGUGGGUACAGCCCGAACAGGGGCUGA